AUGAGAAAAUUGAACAUGCUUAGGAGUCACUUAAGGGUGUGGAAUAAGGAUGUGUUUGGCAAUAUUGACACUCAGUUAAAGACAGCAGAGGAAGAGCUACAUGAAUGGGAUUUGAAGGUAGAGUCUAGGUCCCUUGAUGAACAGGAUUUUAAGAGAAGAAGAGAAGUAAGAAGCCAGGUGUGGCAGCUUAGUAGGAGCAAGAAAAAGUUAUGGCAUCAAAAGUCUAGGCAGAAGUGGGCUCAUUCUGGUGAUAAAAAUACUAGGUACUUUCACAUUAUGGCUAGCAGAAGGCAGAGAAAGAAUUUGCUUGACUUUGUUGUUGUGGAGGGUAGGAGAGUGGAGGAUCCAGCUGUGGUGAAGCAAGAAGUGGUUAGGCAUUUCAGUCUGUUGUUCUCUGAGAAAUGGAAGUUUAGGCCAAAAAUUUUAGGCCCUUUUGCUGUUAUUAGCUCUAUGGAUGUUGGUAACUUGGAAGCUGUAUUCUUUGAAGAUGAGCUAUCCAGAGGGGUUAACAACUCUUUCAUCGUUCUUAUUCCUAAGAAGGAUAAUCCUAUAGGCUUGGGAGAUUAUGGACCUAUCAGCUUGGUUAGUUCUGUCUAUAAAGUCUUAGCAAAUGUGCUUUCCAGGAGGCUUAAGAGAGUUCUUCCAUCUGUGAUUAGCGAGGUACAGUCUGCUUUUGUGAGUGGUAGGUACAUUUUAGAUAGUGUGUUAAUCGCAAAUGAAGUUGUAGAUGUGUGA